AAAAAAUCAAAUUUCAGAAAAUUGUGAUCAAAGCUGAAAAUGGUCUUCCCCUCCAGCUGUUUAUCUCUAAAGUCUCCUUCAGAUGUUUUCCCUUCCAAUAUUUCAUGAAGUAGAAAAGGGAAAUUUGAACAAAAAAACCUGCCAGCCAGCUCCUCGUUUUUCCUCACUCCUUCAGUGUAAUGCAAAAAUAAUGAGAAUUACCCAGCGUUUAAUAUGAAGCUUUUAAAACAAUUACAUUGCUCUUUUGUUGUAAUAAAGCAAUAAAAUACUAUGAGCCAGACAUGCAGACUAGGAGGGAUGUGUGUGAUGUGGGCCGCUCGAGCUCCUUUUAUUAAAUAUGCUUUCAACUGGGGAGAAGGAUAGGCGGCGAGACGACGACUCUCCCGUCAGACUGACUUUCGGAACAAAUACAUAAUCCGAGAUGUUCUUUGGAGACCAUUGCAACUACCGCCAACCCCUUGCUUAUUUUAAGCCGGUAUUGCUUAUAAGUCAGAACACACAUGCUAGGCGGCCUUCACGCUCAACCAGAAAGACUCCACAAAGAAGGCGGGAAACCGACCGGCCGACUGACACGGUUCGGCUCCCUCGCGCUUAAGACACUCGACUUUCAGCGGACAACGCUCUUCUCUCGGCGAUUGGUGCCUCCCGUAAAACUUGAGGGGCGGCCCCUGUCGCAGAGGCUGGCACUUGUCGCAGAGGUACGCCACGCCCAUCUUCCCGCAGGCUGGCGAUUGGCUUCGAGCGUUCCGGGCUCAUGACUAUGUAGCAAGUGUAUUCAAAUCAGGCGGUUGCCAAGGUAACUUGAGGCCUUGCGUACACACGCUAAUCCUUGGAAGAGGCCUGGGAGGGCCGAAAGGACCAAGGACGAGGGAGUCCCCAGGCGUGACUCGGUGAGGGGUUCAUUUUCCCUUUUUCUUUUGACGUGCGGUGGUGUCUUUUUUCUUCUGCCGGCAGUUGGAAGGAAUUAGAAGCAGGAGAACGUCAGUCCCAUUUCAAGAAGAUAAAUAGAAGAUAAAUAGCUCAAAUUUGUAUACUGCAAGUGGAGUUGCUGUUGGAAACAGACAUGGUGGAUGGCAUGACAAGGCAUUCUGAAAUGAAGAUAAACUGGAAACUAGAUAGAACCUCAAGACCAGGUUCAGCAACAGUUAGGGUUACAGAUCUUGGCUGGCAAGGUCUCCUGAACCCGAAUCCAUCUAUUAAAGAAGAUGAAGAGCUCCUUGUGGAUGAAUAUCUUUCUCCCCACAAGCUGAAAGCAUUGACAGGGCUAGAUGAUCUGUGGCAACUGAAGGCCCUCGAGAUGCGUGUAAACACCAGAGAGAAUAGUCUGGGAAAUUUUGGUUCUUACCUCCCUAAUCUGAAACAACUAAAACUGAAUGGAAGUAUACUUACAUCUGUGAGGGACCUUGGAACAGCACUGCCUCGUCUUCAAGUCCUAUGGAUGGCUCGCUGUGGGCUCCCAGAUUUAGAUGGGAUCUCUUCCUGUUGCUCUUUGAAGGAACUCUACAUAGCCUACAACAAUAUUGGUGAUCUAAGUCAGAUUAGCCUGCUGGAGAACCUUGAAAUUCUAGAUUUAGAAGGAAACAACAUUGAAGAUCUUAGUCAGAUUCAAUACUUGCGGCUCUGUACUAAGCUGACCAAUCUUACAAUAGAGGGAAAUCUUAUUUGCUUGAAGCCAAGCCCGCAAUCUUCAGAGGACCCAGAUUACAAUUACAGAGUUGAAGUGAAAAAACUCAUCCCUCAUUUAAAAUGUUUGGAUGAAAUACCAGCAAAUCAAACUGCUAUUCCUUUUCCAUGCAAAAUGAAUAAGGACUGGCUUAUUGUCAAGGAAUCAAUCAAAGAAGGAAGUUUAAUUGAGGAAGCUUCAGGUUCAGAUUCUCAGUUAGGACUCCUAACAAGAAGGCUGGGCUCUGCUCUGCGGCCUGCUGCAACUCACUUUUUGCUAGGUUCCAGACCUCAGACUCUCCAGAGAUCUCCCAGUGCUCAUUUGCUUUCUGGUUGUAGCACUCUCCUGGAAUCCACCAUCUGUGAUGAGAUAUUGCCUGAUGAUGAUUCAAGUGACCUGACCCAUGGUGUCAGUAGAGUUAUAUGUGGGAACCCCAUCAAAGCUCUUCAUGCAAGAAGACAAAAAUUAGGUUCUGCAGUAACAAACCUGUUCCAGCCACCGUGUCAUCUGGCAGAAUAUAAUUAUGAUUUUGAAGAAACUGGCAGUGUAAAUGAGAGAGACAUCUUUGCUGAGCUGAAAGCCUUGCAAGAACAUCAUUACCAGCACUUGCAAGCCUUCCAAAGAGUGAAAUCUCCCCAGCUGUUGAAAAUAACACACAAUGAUGAAGAAGGGGAAGAGAAAGAAAAAGGCUGCAGCCUGAGUGACAGCUGUGAUGAAGAUUUUAAAGAAGCCUUUCAGGGGGACAUCACACAAAUUACCACAUCAGAAGCUUCUUGUUGUUCCCAUCUUUCUCAGGUGUCAUCAGAUUCAUCACAUAGCCUCGCAAAUACAUUACCGAGCAUUGUAAAGCGCUCUCUCCAACCUUCUCCUCCAAAAUGCCCUUCACCUGGAUCCAUGGGUGUGACAGCUGGACUUAUGAGAGCUAGACACCUGAAAAUACCUAAUUCAAAAAAAGCUGUGUUAAAGCUGCAGCCUCCAUUAGUUGUGAACAGGGAUGAAGUGCAGCAUAUGGCUGAAAGGACUGCUGUUCUGAAUCUCCAUAGGAAACCAGAUGCACCCUCUAAUGCAGCACUCUUCACACAGAGGCAAACAGUUUGUGGCAGCAAACAGAUUAGGAGACCCAUUUCAGGACCAGCAGCAUUUGGACCAACAAAUAGAGCCACUAUGGAUAGAAGCCUACCUAAGACAAUCAACCAUCAUAUACCUGCCAGUCAUUCAUACACAAGUAUGCCAGACAGAUUUGCAGUGCUGAACAUGGGCCACCCUCUGAGCGCCAAAGCUGCCCUGCAGAGCUUGUCAAAAAGGCCGGAUAUCUCAGUGAUUGCUCAAAGCAAGACUCCCCAGUUGUAGGAAAUGCCUCAAACAGCUGUGCAUACCUUGUUGCCAGGUCUUGGCUGUACUUGAUUUCUCAUUUUCCCAUGAGCAACACAGGCCAGCUUCUCUGAUUCAGCAGCCUGAUUCAUCGCUGAGGAUGACAGUGCCCCUACGCAAGCAGAGCAGUUGAAAGAAACAACUUGAUUUCUCUCCAAUUAAACUGCUGCUGUGAAGAGAGAAUCAGUCAUUCUCCCCACCCCCACCCCAGCAACUUUUCUUUUUAGCAGGCUUUGAAAGGAAUGAAGAAAGGACUUGUGCCCACUGUAGCUCCUUCUGAUGACUACAUCACUGGUGUUUAGAACAGCUGUUUGAGUGGCCUCAGGAGCAAGGGUGGUUUCCUUGACUCAGCUAGUGGGAGGAUGAUACAACUGGUUCCCUCAGGUAACCAGCUGCAGCUCCAAAGUGUCAGCCUUCUCUCCUAGGGAUUAAAAGACUGGGAACAUAGGCAGCUGCACUUGGCUUAGUCUGAAGGAUAUGGGUUUUUUUUUUCAUGUUCCUUGAGCAGCAGACUCAUUGGUUUCAGGUACUGGUUUCUACUUCAACUAACGUAAACAAACUAUGUUGCUUGGUUACCAUUUUCAGCAUGGAAUUACCAAAUAGCAAGAAAUGUAGGACCAAUUGACCAAAUCAUUUUAAUUUAUUUGUGCUUGAAAGAAAUAUGUGGCAUACCUCGAGACUGUAUUUUCUUCAAGUCAGGUGACCAGUAUAUACCCACAUAUUAUAUCAGACAUGGGUGGUUCUUAAUAAUUCCUCCUUUACCUGAACCUCUUCAUGUCUUUACAACAAAUGUAUUUUCAGUUCAAAUUUCCCUAAAUUGUAGAACAUUUUUAGAUUGAAAGAGUAAAGUGCAUUGUUCAUAAGUGUCAACAUUCAGGUAAGAUGUGCAAUGCUAUUCCAGCAGUCUUGCCUAUCUGUUGGCACAUAGAUGGGUACAGUUAUCACUUGAUCUUUGAUUUGUAACGUGGGUCAUGUUGUUAUGAGAAUCAGGGACUCCCACAUAUGGCUAGUAGGUGGCCCUGUUUUGUGAUUGUGGCAUUUGGAGCAAAUGCUGCCAUAUUCAUGGGAUUUGUUACUUGCCAUAGUUCAUACUGUAUAUUUCUCCACACAAGUCCUACAAACUGUAUCUGCUAACAAAAAAAACAAAAGUUUGUGUGAAUUGGAACUCAAGUAUGUAUAGAUAAUUAUUAUUGUGACUAUUUUGAAACCAAGUAUUGUAUUGUAGUUUUCAAAAUUAAUAUUAGAUAAUUUUGGAGUGAAGUUUACAAAGAUAAAAAUUAUGCAACAAUCCAAG